AUGCCGCUGUUGCUAGCUACUGUUGAGUUGGUUCUGCUGCAUAGUGACCCUGGGCCCUCUUACUUCCCCAUCCAUCACCAGGGUCCUGUGAUCUCACCAGUAGAUGCCCAGCUCUCACUUGAUGUCUCAUUUCUGGAACAGAGAUGCUCCAGCUGCUACCAGGGAAGGCUCUGGACCCCAAAAUAUUUAGUUAGCAGCCGUUCUAUUAAGUGGGAUUGA